UAUAUUUCCCUUUCUUUUAAGUACUAUUCGUGCAAAAAGGUUUUUUAAAAUCGUUUUUUUAACAGAUAAUUUCAGAGCCAUGCACUUCAAAGCGGAAUCAGAAGGGAAAUGCUGCUUGAUUUCUAGAAACGUUACAAAACUCGCUGGUAAUCAGUGAUGUGUUGUGAGUGUGGUGGAGUCCUUCAUGUUCUGGGACUGAUUAUGAUUUUUUAUCCCCUUUCAAUGGGACACGAAUAUCGUCAGCAUCACAAAGAAAGCAUAGCAGAGAACGUACUGUUUUUUUGCGCCAACUGGAAGAUUUUGGUGUCUCUCAACCAAUUUUGACAGUUUUUCAGAGCUUUUAUCGAGAGCGUUCUGACGGCCGCUUUAGCUGUUUGGUUCGGCAACACCUCUACUCAGCUCUAAAAGUGCAGUGUGUUGUUAGCUCUGUGGAGAAGGUCAUUGACUGUUCUCUGCCCUCCAUGGAUAAUUUAUUCAAUUCCAGAGCAAAGAAACAGGCAGGAAAGAUCACAGAAGACAACUUCCACCUAGGUUACGCCCUGUUCCAUAAACGUCCUUUAGAAUGACACUACUGGUCUAUUAAAACCAGAAUCACCUGGUACUUGAACAACUUCUUUACUAGGGCUGUUAUUUUGCUAAUCCAGAAUUUCUAGUUAUGAGUGCACUGCCUUAAUGAGGUCUAUUGUCUGGUUUGCGUGUGGUAUGUGCAGAAAGCUUUUGCAGCACCAAGUGUACCAGAUUAAUGUCCUUCUUCGUGAAACAGACUGGGCAAAUAAAGGAGAAUCCGAUUCUGAAUUCAGAAACUGGCACGUGGUUUCAUUGGUCGUGACCUUCAAAACUGUUUUUUUAUAAACGUUUUAGAGAUGCCGAGGUGCGGUGUGUUUCUGAGGCGGUUGCUAUGGGGUCUCAAGGGACCCUCUGGUUUGAGGUACAGUACCAGUACCAGGCUAAGACUGAGACAACAUAUAUUGCCAAAUCUGCAACAGCAGCAUGGCUCUCAGAUAUAACAAGAACGCCAGGUGCAUAGUUCACUUUGGUCUUUUGAAGCAGACCACUGCAGUGUAAGUAGUAAGUAAUAAAAUAAUUUGCCUUGGCUACCUACAGUAGCUUAAAGCUGGGAAAAUCACUAGAAGAGAUGUGCAAAUUAUUUUAACUUUUUAAUUCAUUUUUUAUAUUGGCUUUUGGUCAGUUUCUUGCUUUCCAUCCAUGCAUCCUUGAGUGGGAUGAUUCAGUUCUUACGUAGCUGGUGCCACAUUUUCCUGGAUCUCUGGUAUAGUAUAGUAACUUCAGUGUGUCCCCAGUUUUUUACGUUACUGUCAAUUUCCAUCCGUUCUGGAAAAUGAACAUAUUGGUUGAAGACUCUCUGCAGGAGGCAAUAUGUCAAGCAUCUCGCGGACGGUGAUGAUGAAGAUAAGCCGGAAGGUGGGACUGGAGGCGGAGUCUUCGGAGUUCACGCUCGGGGGAGAGAAGUUCCGGAUCCUGGGGGGAUCCGUCCACUACUUCCGCGUGCCGAGAGCCUAUUGGAGGGAUCGCAUGAAGAAGAUGAAGGCCUGUGGCCUGAACACUCUCACCACGUAUGUGCCUUGGAAUCUACAUGAACCAGAGAGAGGGCGCUUUGAUUUCAAAGACCAGCUGGAUUUAGAGGCCUUCAUUAAUCUGGCAGCAGAUGUGGGACUGUGGGUGAUUCUGAGGCCCGGGCCCUACAUUUGCUCAGAGUGGGAUCUCGGCGGACUGCCAAGCUGGCUUCUCCGCGAUAAAGACAUGCGGCUCAGGACGACCUACGAGGGCUUCACCGAGGCUGUGGAUGCCUACUUUGACAGACUCAUUCCGAUAGUGGCGCCCCUUCAGUUCAAGAAAGGGGGCCCAAUCAUCGCGUUCCAGGUGGAGAAUGAAUACGGGUCUUAUGCUAUGGAUGAAGAAUACAUGCCCUACAUGAAAAAGAGUCUGCUGUCCAGGGAGAUAGAUGAGCUGCUGAUGACUUCAGACAACAAAGAGGGGUUUAAUCAAGGAGGAGUGGAAGGAGCUUUGGCUACCAUCAACCUUCAGAAACUGAAACCUGAACAUCUAAAUCUUCUAGAAGCUACACAGCCCCAGAAACCCAAGAUGGUCAUGGAAUAUUGGACUGGGUGGUUCGAUUCCUGGGGAGAUCUUCAUCACGUUUUCCCCACAGAGGACAUGGCUGCCACAGUGACAGAAAUCCUCAAGAAGCACAUGUCCAUCAACCUCUACAUGUUCCAUGGCGGAACCAACUUUGGUUUCAUGAGCGGAGCCCUGGAGUUCGGCACCUACAAGCCAGAUGUUGUCAGCUAUGAUUAUGAUGCCCCUUUGUCUGAAGCAGGAGACUACACUGAGAAGUACCAUCUGCUGCGGAAUAUAUUCAGCCAGUACCACACUGAGAAGCUUCCUUUGGUGCCUGCGCUGUCCAGGAAAGCUGUCUACGAAACGUCAAUAAUGUAUCACUACAUAUCUAUGUGGGAGGCCCUGCAGUUUACGGAAGAGCCCUUCAAGUCAGAGAGGCCGGUGAACAUGGAAAACCUGCCGGUGAACAAUGGCAACGGGCAGUCCUACGGAUACACUCUGUAUGAGACCACCAUCACCAGCGGUGGGACCCUGCACUCCAACAACAGCGUCCGCGACAGAGCCCUGGUGUUUGUAGAUCAGCACUUCAUUGGAAUUCUGAAAUCCAAGACUCUGGAACUGGCCGUGCCCGAGGGAAAGGGAGACCGAAAGCUGAGUCUGCUUGUGGAGAACUGUGGGAGAGUGAAUUAUGGGAAGCAUUUAGAUGACCAGCGGAAAGGUCUGGUUGGUGACAUUCUGUUGAACAAUAUCCCUCUAAAAAAGUUUUUUAUAUACAGCCUGGACAUGAAGCCCAGCUUUAUAGAUCGUCUCAGUGGAAAAAACUGGAAGCUUGUUCCGGAAAAGCCGACGUUUCCGGGAUUCUUCCAAGGGAGACUGUUUGUGGACGGUUACCCGCGGGACACGUUUGUCAAGUUGCCGGGUUGGACAAAAGGAGUAGUAUUUAUCAAUGGGCAGAAUCUUGGACGCUAUUGGUCCAUUGGUCCACAACAAACCCUCUACCUCCCAGGACCCUGGCUUAACAGUGGGAUGAAUCAGAUCAUUGUUUUUGAAGAACAGGAAGCAGAGAGAAAGAUCCAGUUAGUGGACACUCCCGAUCUUGGGAUGGCUGUAGACAUUGAGUGAUGGAGAAAGAUCAAGCUGGUUUAUUUUUCAAAAUGCCGUGUACUGUCCUGUAGCUUCUCUAGACUGGAUGCCCCAUUGAAUGUUCUUUUUUUUACAAUUUCAGAAAAACGCAUGACUUUUUCAGUAAUCAAACCAACUUGUGGUCAUGAUUGAUAUAUGCAACCUAGAAGAUUGUUACCCAAUCUACCUUGUCAUUAAGACCUUUUUGUUUGGGAAUUUGUACAUGCACUUGCAUGUCUUACAUUUGGUACUUAUUUGUAUUCCUGAUUUUUGUUGGUCCUUCUGCAAGGACCUCCUGUGUGCAGGUAUUGGUGAUCAUUAUUUUUACUCUUGACUGCUAGCAGAUCCCAAAUUCCUAACAUUAAAAUGCUGGGUUUCCUUUAGCAUUUGUAUGUAUCCUGAGAGGCAUGAACAACAGAGCAAAUGCUAUUACAGUAGUUCAUAUGUUGCAUUUUUAAUACCUCUCAGUGUAUAUGUAAAUAUGCAGUCCUCAUAUGUUUAUAUUUCUUCAUAAAAUGGGAUCAUCAUUGAAAACGUGUAUUUCAGAAAACAUUUGAAUGAAAAUUGUUUGAAAAUGUGGGGUCAAAAACCAUUUUGAUUGUAUUUUGUCAGGUGGCCUUUUUGUACAGGUUUUAUUUAUGUAAUUAUUUAAUGCUUUUUAUCCUCCUGAAAAAUAAGAAUAUUUUGCUACUUCUAAUAUUCCACAGAUUGAAGUUAUUCGAUGUGUAUAUAAUAAUUUGCUGUAAAACGCCAGCCUUCUUAAAUUUGAAACUUCUAUCUUUUAAAGUUUUUUUUUUAAUGAAAAUCUCUGCAUCACUGAGAAAUGACACAAUACAAGCGUCAUGGCCAUAUUCUUAGCUUAUACUAUUCUCACUAGAUUAAUUGUUGUGUACAAAUUCAGGUUGUUAAAUAAUGUGGGCAAAAUGAACUUCUUUUGUGCUUGUCACAUUGUUGGUUUUCUGUAUAGGGCUUUAUUAAAACAAUUGUUAACACUAAAGUACAACUAAGUGACUCAAAGCUAUUGUUUUCAUCGAAGGUCUGGCAAAUGUUUCAACCUAUAACCUUUGAGAACACUGCCUGGAAAAAAAAAACAGUGAACAAAUAAAAAUGUUUUAUAGGGAUAUUGGUUGUAUACUGUGUCUGUAUCUUUCCCUUUUUUAAUACCCACAUCCUUAAAAAUCACACGAUGAGCAAGCAAAAUAUAUUUUUUUUAUUCUGUUUAUUCUGUACAUUCUAAUUAAUGCGACAUUUUAAUGCUAACAAAUUUGAUGUUAUUCCUUUCCUUAGUUCAACAUUCUGAAAGAACAGUUGAAGGAACAAUUUAAAUUUCCUUCCGGUUUGUUUCAGAAACUGGGCAAAAAGUUUCCUGAACUGCCUAGAAAGCACCCUUGCUUCAAAACUAAGAAGAUGUGAAAGACUGACAGGCGAAAAUAAUUGACAUACUCAGUAUGCACUUACUAUUUAGACAAUCUUUUGCUUAUAUCACAAUUUCAGUUAAACCAGGGAAUUUAAUUGAAACUCCUUAAUUGGCUCACCUUCUGAACUAUAUAGACAAAGAAACAUUUAUUUUUCGGCAACUCAUGAACAGAACGCAGUAAUUGAAUUACGUUUCCACCUUAAUACUGAUUGAAAGCCUUUUUUUGGUAUUAAACAGCUAAUUCUAUGGAUUGCAGUUUUCGUCUUUUUCAAACUGUAAAAAAAAUGAAUGCCAAACUAAAGAAGGAGGGCAAACCGGUAUUUUUCUAGGUUUUAUUUCUUUCAGUUUUGAUAUUUCAGUUCUUCUUACUAACAUGGAAUUGUGGAGGGAAAUGAACAACCUUUAGUCUAAUAACAUGCAGAAAGUGCUUCUUGUAACCCCCAUCAUGGAUGAAAAUGACAACCAAUAUACCAAACAAUGAAAUGUACUUACUAUAGCAAAGACCUAAAAGGUGGGGGUUUCACAUGAAAAAGGAUUAAAAAGUGCCAUGGGAUUAAAACCAGCUGUAAUCGCGAAUGACCAGAAACGUAGCAGACGAGCAAACAAA